ACACCUCCAGCUCGCGGUAUACUGGACCUCUAUACAUGUCGUCGACGUUGGAAAAAUAUGAAAAUUUCCUCGUGAAGAACGUCUCUACCAUAUCCACCCUCGAAUCCUCGCUGAGGUCUAUAACAUGGUUUCUACCUGGACGGUUCAAAGACGCCGAUCUUGCUUCGGAGGGUCUGUCUGCCAUACUCCAUGUGUCCAGCAUGUAUCAUGAUACCCUCCUGGCCAGAGUUGUGCAGAGUAAUCCUCAUUGGAAGCCUAUACUUCCCAUCCCCUUGCACACGCGCUAUACCCGCGCCUGGUCAGACAAGGAAACAUUAUACAAAUGGGCUGCUCGAUCUUUAGAGCUAAUUCGCUUUACACAACUCCUUGUUGAAAUGCUGCUUCGGAGGAAAGUCUCGAACAAGAACCGGUGGAGAGGUAUCGUGUUCCUCGAAACUGUGAAAAUGGUUUUACGGUUCACGCUACUGAAAAUCACGACAAGACCACUUUUGUCUCCUCCAAUUCCAGAACGCGACAUCGAUCCAGCAUCAAUGCCACCUAGCUCUACGCACACUUCUCCGACGCUUGCUCCCACUUCUCCGCCGUCGUCUUCCCCACCGACUCCGGAUCACCUCAAGAAUAAUCACAUUCCCUUGCAGCCAAAUGCUUUAAUGCUCACCCCCUCACCACCUGCCCGUGCUGACACAUCAGUGGAGGAUUAUCUCCUCCCUAAAGCUCUUACAACGUCAUCUGUUAAGCCUUCUAUGCUACUGAUGAAACCUAUGUCCUCGCCCUUGGAGUGGGUUUCUGAGUGCAUUUAUAUUAUUCGCCCCUGGGUUUACGCGAGUAUGUUAAGUACCAAGAAAUACAAGGAUAAGGCUCUUGUGACUGCUUUUGCUAUGGAGCUCAUCUCUCGUAGUUUGAGGCGGACGCCAUCAAAUUCUGCGGAUCUAGAACGUGAAGAAUAUGCCCGCAGAGACAGGGAUAUUCUCUGGUACCUUCUACGUGGCUCUGUAUGGGAGACGUAUUCGAGGUUUGUGCAUUUUAUGCCAGUUUUGUUGAAGCCUAAUAUCUCGGUCUUUUUUAGGCCCAAAGUCGAGGCUGUUGUGGAAAAGACCGCUAAUACGCCAAUACUUGGAGUCGUCAGUUCUAUCGUGAAGGACUGGAUACCUCUUGUUGAUGGAUAUUAUUAUUACACUGCCCCUUGAACGUUUGAACGCUAGCGUGCUAGCAAUAUCAUCUUCGUCCCGAUUUCAUGUACAAUAUUGUACCUUUGCACUUAAACAUCAAUGAAGUCUUGGUGUCCCAGCGCUCUUCCUU